CGGCUUGGGCGGGGGCGGGCGCACCGGUGGGCGAUGCUGCGGAACCUCGUCAAGUCCCUCAUCGAGCACGAGCGGAUCAAGACGACGCACGCGCGCGCGCGCGAGCUGCGGCGAGUCGCCGAUCGCGUGAUCAACUUUGGCAAGCAGGGCACGGCGCACGCGCGGGUGCAGGCGGGCAAGUAUGUCUCCACCCGGCCGGAGCUGGUCAAGCUCUUCACGAUCCUCGCGGAGCGAUACAAGGACCGGCCCGGCGGCUACACGCGCGUGCUCAAGACGUACCCCCGCAUCGGCGACUCCUCGCCGAUGUCCUUUGUGGAGCUCGUGGACAGGCCCCUGCACACGCUGCGGACUCCUCCCACGCUGGCCGAGCAGCCGCAG